UCCUGUACAGCAGACAACAACAUUGAUUUGAGGAUUGCAGACGAUUUACAAGAUUUUUGCAGCAAUUAGAUACUGUACAUACAAUAUGAACAACAAUUAUGGCACAACAAUCAGGUGGAAAUCCUUUAUGCUGUAGCUUUGGAGAAUUUACUAGUGUAAAUAAUAUAUUUUGUGAGUCAAAUGCUAAAGCUGAUUGUAACAAAGUUCUACCUCUGAUAUCAUGCACCAAAUCCAUUGAAUCUCACUGCAGACGUUUUCAUAUAAACUUUAAAGAUGUCAAUAAUGAAGCUGACUUAUUAAAAUAUCGUGGAGGAUUGUUUGAUAUACCAACAGAGCAAUGCACAAUUUGUCCAAACCAUAGGUACAGAUUAGGCUUAGGAUGGAGAAGCAGUCAAUUAUGCAUGCUGAAAUAUUGUUCAAGGGGAAAGGAAACACAAAAAAGAAAGAAACCUCUUUUGAAAGGAACUAUUGCUUUGUGUCAGUCCCUUUAUCUGUGGAAACAAAGACACCAAUUAAUACAGAUUGGAUCAGGGGUGUGUACUUUUUGUCGGAAAGAAAUAGUGAAAGAAUUAAAGGACCAUGAAACAAAGGAUAAUAAAGAUUAUGAAUGCCAGCUGAAUUUGCAUAUUUCCAAAGAAUCUGAAACUGCAGACCAUUGUUGUAACUUUGCCUUAUCAGAUCAAUCAAAAGAAUAUACUGCUUCUUGUCAACAUGAGCACAACCAAGUGUGUAAGAAAUGUGAUGACUUAACAGAAACCCUGGUAAAAAUAGAGAAAUCAUCAGAUGAAGUAUUAUAUGAGUCAGCUGAUCAAGAAGAUGACACCAUAUACAUGGUUGAACAGAGUAUAAAGGCGGUCCAAGAGUGGAAGAAACACCUCCUGAGAUCCUAUAACCAGGACACAGCAAGAAGUGAGAUUCUGCAUAAAUUAUCAAAAGAUGAAGUUUUGGUAGAGAGAGACUGGGCUAUGAAAUUCCUGCCCAUGCGCUAUAGAGAGUCUCAGUCUAAAUGGUUUGGCAAAAGAGGGUUAAAUUGGCAUGUUAGUGUAGGAUCAUAUCAUACUUCUGAUACUGAUGACCUAAAAAUGCAAACCAUUAUCCAUGUCUUUGAUAAUGCUUCCCAAGAUGCAAGAACAUCAAAUGCUGUACUAAGAAACACUCUCCAACAAUUUCAACAAUGA